GGCACUAUACAAACAGAUCGUACAGAGAAUUCACAGAAGAAGACGAACACGGAAGUGUCUCAGUUCUAUUCUGAACUGUAUAUAGGUUAUUAAUAUUGUUAUUUUUCUUAUGCAAAAUGUGUACUGGUUGUGUGCAGAAACAGUAUCCCGACAGGGGUCAUACCUGUCUGGAGAAUGGUUCAUAUCUUAUGAAUUUUCUCGCCUGCGCCAACUGUCAGCAGCGGGACUUCGUGCUGAUCAGCGACAGGACGAUGGAGAAUGAAGAUGACGAGGAGCUCGUCACGUACCUGCAUAUGUGCAAGAACUGUGAUCAUGUCAUAGCAAGACACGAGUACACCUUCACUGUGGUGGAUGACUAUCAGGAAUACACAAUGUUGUGCAUGUUGUGUGGAAAAGCAGAGGAUUCCAUCAGCGUGUUGCCGGAUGAUCCCAGACAAACAGCGCCUCUGUUCUAGAGUAUUUGCACAGACACAGAGACAUGAAAUUGUGUAUUUUUGUUAAAGAGCACGGUCAUGCAUGAUGGAGGGAGCCACGACACAUGCAACGUUUUACAUACGCUUAGCACUGGAGAAUGACACACUGUCACAUCGAAUCCAGGAGAAUAUACCACAGAAUUCAUUGUGCUCUUUGUUUCUACAUAUUCCAUAGAGGCACUAAGUUUUAUAGCAACUCUGACUCCUAAAGAUACAUGAAUUUGAGUCAUUGACAAAUUUUAAACUUAAUUAGGAAUCAUCCCAUGUUUAAUUCUCACGUUUCUGCCACAGAAUAGAAAAAGCAAAAUAUUUUUUUUUUACCUUUCUUUUUCUUGAUCUCACAGUUCAGACUUUUUUUCUCAAAAUUCUGAGAUAUAAACGUCCUGCAUUUAUGGGUUUAAACCGUACUAUUUUGGUUUCUGCCAUGGAACAAAAAAAAUAGACAAGGUAACUGUUUUUUAUCUCACAAUUCAGACGUUUUCCCAAAUUGUGAGAUAAAAAGUUGCAAUUACCUUGUCUAUUUUUAUUUACUGACUAAUCAAACAUCCUUAAAAGUUUUAUUUCCCAUGUUAAAAUGCUUUUUUCCCAUCUUAAUAUACACAGCCUUGCUCUGAUGCCAAUUAUUAGUCUGCAGUGAGAAUAUCUGUUUGACUGACCGAGAAAGGUUAGGUCUGUGUGGAUUAUCAGUUAACCACAGACAGGAUUUUUGUUACUAUGCAGCGCUUAGAUUAUACAGAUGUCAAGAUUGGAUUCGACAGAUCAGAUAUGGUAAAUACGGUAAAAUAUGGAAAAAAUGGUAAACACAAGAAAAAAACUUGAUUCCUGGUUGUUAUUACUGAUAAUUUAAAGUACAAAUGACGUCACACUGUAUUUCUAGUGUUAAUGCCACAAAAUAUUUUGGCAGCUUUGUCUAAAUAAACUAUGAAACAAU